CUGUGACGUAGGCGGCCCCUCCUCCUCCUGCCUCGAGGCUUGAGCGCUGCCACGUGCUUCUGGUCUGUUACGUCGCUUCUAGUUUGCCCCCUGCGGGAACCGGCAGGAAGGAAGAAGCAGCAGUAAAAAAAAAAACGAGCCUGGACCGCCCUGACCGCCUCUCCCUAAAGAACGAACGAAACGAAAAAAUGUGUGCUGGUUAGUUCGGGGCAGAUGCAUUGAUUUUCCUCGCUUCGUGCUUGAACUGAGCUAGGACAGGCUCCUUUCCUAGGUCCACAUAAGGGAAAGAGGGGAGAACAGUCUAACUUGCUUGAAACUAGCAAAAUGGAGCCACCCCCAUAUCCUAGAUAUGGCUCCCACUACUGGAAUUCAUCUCCCAGAACUCCCUAUCCAAGUCCGUAUCCUGUUGGACCACAGCUCCAAGGCCAGGGAAUUGAUCCUUCCUACACAAAUGGUGUUUAUGGCACUACAUACUCUACUCCUGGGACAGGGCCACCAUAUCCCAAUCUCCCACAAUCAAAUGCCUACUAUUCCUCAGGGCAUCCUCAUGCCCCUUAUUCCACAGAGUCUCCUAAUGUAUUUAGAUCUCCAUCACCAGCUUCUAACUGGAAUUACCCACUGCCAGACUGCCCAGCUGAAGGUUCCAUGGUGAGGAGGCAAGUACCAGGAUACUCCCCUCCCCAGACUCCAAACUUUCCAGUCCCACCCUAUCCUUAUGGCGAUUGCAAUCACAGCAUUGCACAGCAGAGGCCACCACCACCUCAGCCUAGACUUCAGGAUACAGCUUGGCGGCCUCCUGGGGUUUACGGAAUGCAUCCUCCUUAUGGCUGGCCUUCUGCCCCAGUAGGACAUGGGAAUCAAUACAUUGCAGAAUCUUCUCCACCUUGGCUGGCCAGUAGAGUAAUUUCUCCACAUCCUCCAAACAACAAUGCAAAGGACUCUUCUUAUAACCAAUUGGAGCAAGGAACUAACCAGCACGGCUACUUUCCUGAAGCCAAUCACUUGCCUUCUGGGACCAUGAAUGACUACAAGCCCUUGCAGCUUGACACAAAGCCAUCUGCUUCCAACCCCAAAGUGCAGUAUAGCGCACAGCCCCAGCUGUAUGAUAAUGUACAUAGGAAAUCAUCUGUGACUGUUGACCAUGGACCAAGUUCUAAAACCAACGUUCAGCCUCCAUCGGAGACAUCGGAUGUGCAGUCAGGUAUACAAAAGGUUUUACAAGUUAUGGAGGGUGUUGAGCAGUUGGAGGAAGAGGUGGAUGAAUUUGUGGGGAAAAAAACCGACAAGGACUACUGGCUGCUGGAGGAAAUGCUGACCAAGAAAUUGUUGGAGCUGGACUCUAUAGAGACAGGUGGUCAGGACAAUGUACGACAAGCAAGAAAAGAGGCUGUUCACAGAAUCCAGGCCAUACUGGAAGAACUGGAAAGAAAGGGGCUUUAAUGUAGGUAAUAGACCUAAGACCUAGUUCUGGAAUGCCCAGAGAUCUCUAGCUUUGUCCAAUUCUCAGCUCUCUUUACCAUCCAAAGCAAUAAGUGGGGACUUGCAUUUCGAUUUUAAAGUAACACAAUUGGUAGGUUGGAUGUGACUAAACAAAGCUGUCAGACCCGAAGUCUUACUUUGGUGAUCUUGCCAGUGAAUGCCAGAGAAAGGAUGAAAUUGUGACCCUGAUGAUUGAAGGCUGUUGCUAUUGUAGCCUCCACAGAUAUAGGCACAUUUUCUAGCCACAGAAGGAAAAUCUUUGGGUAAAAGACAUUUUGUUACUAGAGUGUGCAUCUCAGAAGAGAUCUCUUGGAGCACCUGGACUCAACAGCUCAGUCAACAUGUCAAACUUUGUAAGGUACAAAGACAUUUCAAUCGCAGCACAAUACCAGUAAACCAAGACUUCACUCUCCUUAGCUUCUCUUGUUGUGUAUUAUUUAUACCUUCUAGCCAUAGAGACUGUGUAGUGUUAGGUAUCUUCGGGGGUACAUUCUGUUAAAGUGCAGCCACACUGAUGAGCCAGUCGGUAGGGGAACCAAAACAAACAGUUCUUUCAUGCUAUAUUUUCUUCUGUAUCAUGCAAGUUUAAUCCACAAUGAUUUUUUAUGGGGUAGGCAGGAGAUGCUUUGAUUGCUGCCACAUGCAAGUAACAGACUGAUUGUAGGAAGGGACAAAUGCACUUAAUUGUGAUGUCAUUUCAUAUGUUGCAGUUUUUUGUAUUCCACUUUAAUCUUGUAACUGAUUCUGUAUGAUCAGCUUUUAUCUAUAGGAGACAGAUAAGGCUACUGCUGUGAAUCUUUAGUUCCUCACAAAGUGGUCCUUGUGCCAAAACACAAGAAAUAAACCAUUAUGAGUUUUAAAACAUGCACUUAUUGCCAGAUGUUUUCAAAAACGAACAGCAUUGGUGUAUCGCAUCAUUAAAAAUGAUAAAUUGGGUAUUAAA